GUUGGAAGAGAAGCUGGAGUCCAAGAUCUCCGACCUGCGCACGGACAUUGGCACCGAGUUCUCCGCCAUGCGCACCAUCCUUCUGAACUGCCUCUCCGAGAGUCCGCAAGCCCCCAGCGGCCCCCAAGGACACCCCGCCACCCGCCACGCCCCUUCGGUCGCCAGCAUCGGGAAGGCCACCGCUCGGCGCACAAACACCGGCAGUGUCGAUAAGGCGCCGCCGAAUCGGAACUACGAACCUAUUCUAUACGAUUUUGAUGGCGUCGGCCGAUCUGCGGCAUCGCCUCACAGCACGGAAGCUCCCAGCGCGUCAUGCCACAGCGCCGCUGACGUCGGGUUCCGGAGAGGGGCCCGAGGGCCCGGGGGACCCACGGACGCCCUUGGGCCCCCAGGGCCCAGGGAUGCUCGGGAGGGCAGCGGGGAGGCCAGCCCGCUGCUCAUACCCGCGCACCCCGGGAGGCGGGGGUUGGCUGGUCAACGGGUCAACCCCACGGCGUUGACUCCGGCGUUGGCCGCGUUGACUUCGAACAGCGCCACGGACUCGGACGGCGGCGAGCCAGCGGGCAGACAGCCGGGAGGGACGAUGCACAGGCUGCUGUCCUGGGGGAGGGUGGUGACCAAAAAGAUGAGCGGGGGCAAUUUUUCCUCCGCGCCAGCGGACGGGCCCAAGGGCCCCGAACCUGGCCCCUGGGGCCCGGAGGCUGGGCCACCGGGCCCGGAGGGCGGGUCGUGGAGCCUGCGGAGGUCGAUGUCGUGGGACGGGAGGGAGGGCGGUGGGGCGGCCCACGAGCUGAAGGAGGUGCUGGCGGGGGGCCAGUACAGCAUGUUCGCAGCGGCGGAGCGGCGGCCCGCGGAUGGGUGGGCGUACCGGGCCAACCUAAGAGGUGCACUGAGCGAGAGGAAGCACUGCGUGAGGGUGCGGCGGCCGAAGAAGAAGAAG